AUGGAUCAUUUUACCAAUCGAAAUGGGCUGCGACUAUCCUAUAGUUUAUCAAUAAAAAACCAAAAUGAUAAAGUCUAUUGGAACUUUUUAACUCUUUAGGUAUAUAAAAUGAAAAAUUACCAUCAAAUAUCUGAAAAAUUUGCAAUAGGGAAUAGAAAAAUCUAUAUCAUUUGUCAAUGAUUUUUUUCAGAUGUUUUAUUUAGCUAUGACUUUCUCUGUGAAUUUAUUCAAGUAAACACUUUUAGAUUAUGUUUAAAAGGCUGUGGAAAUAGUGAAGGAGAGUAUUCAUAUGGAGGAUUUGAACAAGACGCUGCUGAUAUUGAUGAUGCUGUGAAAUUUUUAGAUUCUGAAGGCUACAUUGUGGAUGGGAUAAUCGGAUUUGGUAAAGGAGCAAAUGAUGCUAUUAUUUAUUCUGCAUUGUAUGGUGGCGUCAAAAAAAUUAUUGCUUUAGCUCCGAUUAUUUAUGCGACUAAUUGCUGUAUGCCACAGUUUUUUCAAGACAGCAUUGAUAGAGUUUAUCCUUAAUUAUUAUUCUAUUUUAUGAUUUUCAAAAAAUAUCAAUUAUUUAUUUAUCCUAAAAUUACCUUUUUUUAGAUUAUUUAUAAUUAAAUUUAUUUUUUAUUAAAUCUAGGCUUACCAUUAUAUAUAAGGCAGCAUUGAUGAAAUCCAAAAAACUGGUGAAGUCAGGCAUCAUUAUUUAGGAAAAGAAAUAAGAUUUACAGAAGAAAUGCUCGACGAGUUAAUGAACCUAGACAUGGAUUACUAUUCAGAUAAAAUAAAAGGAGAUAUUUAUUUAAUACAUGGAGACGCUGAUGAAAAAGUUCCGCUUUCAGAUGCAUUAGAAUAUGCUAGUGAUUUAAAAGAAAAAUGCAAAGGAUUUUUCACUUUAAAUUGUGAUCAUUUCUUUACAACUGAACUCGAUGAAGUUGUUGAAAUAAUCCAUAAAAUAAUAGAGAGCUCGUAG